GAGAUUGGUGUAUUAUAUAUGGUAUAUAUAUUCCAAGAACGCGGUACCUUGCGCCGACCAGAGGUGACUUGGAGGUGUCAGCCCGUCAAACCGCACACUUAUUCGGAUGAAUAUUUCCCCUCAACUCCCGCAGCUCGACUUCCGUAUGGCUUGGGGUUGCUAGGCAACCACUCGCUAAAAGAAGCGCUCCCGGUUGUCUUUUUUUCAGCGCGUCGGCUGACUGUUCAAAGAUCGCAGUCCGUGGGAAGUGACGGAAGAACAAGCUCUUUCAUUUCCGGUUCAAGCAGCAAGGACGUUAGCUUGUUAGCUUGUUAGCUUGUUAGCUCCUGCUGUUUGUGUACGCCAAGGAUGAGUGGCUCUGGUCAUGUUUCUAAAGUGCGGACUUUGUACAAAAGGAUCCUUGUGCUGCAUCGUUUUAUGCCGAUACAUUUGAGAGCACUAGGGGACCAGUAUGUCAAAGAAGAGUUUCGAAGACACAAGAAUGCUUCUCCUCAACAAGCCAACAACUUCAUGACAGAAUGGCAGAAGUACAAGGACAACCUGCAGUCGCAGAUCCUGGACGCUUCAGGAAGCAAAGGCGGCUCGCUGAGUCUGGGAGUCAACAUGUCCGAGAAAGAACUGAACGACUUCCGCCAGGAACAGAUAGGUCAACUUUACGAGCUCCUGCUGGAGUCCACCAAACCUAAUUCACAAUUUCACAUCCAGGAGGACAAGUCAUGAAACAUGAUUUAUUAUUAUUGGACUGACUGACCUCCUGAAAAGACCUGGAACUUGUGUAAGUACAAAGAGUGUAUUAUGGGUUGUUAUACUACACUAAUAAAGUGUGUAAGUACAAAGAGUGUAUUAUGGGUUAUUAUACUACACUAAUAAAGUGUGUAAGUACAAAGAGUGUAUUAUGGGU